AUGCUGAAUUUCGGAAGAGGUUUUUUUUCUCCAAGUGGAAGACCACAAGAAUUACAACAUCCGAGGUAUCAACAACUUCAAUCCUCAUCAACAAGAGGAUUUCAAACAAACACACUAGUGUCAUCAAGCGCAACAGGAGCAAAUAUUCAUUCGAUUCCUUCACAAGAAGAGCAGCAAUAUCAUAUUGAAGAUCCUAUUCAUAUCAAAGUUGCGAAUUGGUUCCGAUAUUUUCCAUUAUGUAGUAAUAUUAUUUUCUGUGCUUGUGUAAUAUUGUUCGUUGUACAGGGCGUUUUUAAUGAGCCAAAAUCAUCAGAUAUAUGUUAUAGUUAUUCUGCCAGUAUAAAACAAGCUAAAGUGUGGCAGUUAUUUACAUUUCCCUUUUUCCACGGAUCAAUUAUGCAUAUUUUAUUUAACAUGCUAGCUCUUUAUCAAUUUGGAAAUAGGAUUGAGUCGACUCUUGGAACGAUUUACUUUUUAUUCAUUUCACUCUUAAUGUUAAUAUUGGCUGCUGCCAUUUGGGUUGCCAUUGAUGCGUUAUUUAUUGAUGCUUUCAAAGCAGGACAAGUGUUGGGAUUUUUGCUUGACAGAUGUACAGUUGGAUAUAGUGGUGUAUUGUUUGGUUAUCUAGUGUUUACUGUGCAAUACAAGCCACUCUUUGAGAGCUUGUAUCCUGGAGCUCACUAUGCAGAUUUUGCUCCAAAAUUAAUUCCAUGGUUGAUGCUUAUUGUGACAUCUUUUCUAAUGCCAAAUGUGUCCUUAAUGGGUCACCUUACAGGAAUGUUAAGUGGAUAUGCUGUAUGGCUCAUGGUGAGAUUUAUUUCUCCUCUCAACAAGAUUUUCCUUUUUGUCGAUUCAAAAAUUCCUCGAUUCAUUCGGAAUCGUUCAUUCUUUUUCAUUGCAGACGAAACUGUAUUUCAAGAAGCAUCUGUUCCAUCCACACGUACUGAUACUUCUUCUGAAACGACAGCAACAUCUAGUUCACAAGGAGGUUUCUUUUCAAAUAUCACUCAAACUGUUGGAGGAUGGUUUGGAAGAGGAAAUCAAGGAUCUACCAGCAGCAACAGCAGUCACAGCUGGGGUCGUGGUAGAACUUUAGGAAAUAAUUGA